AUGUGUCCACCGAUUCAUUUCGGCAGUUCGGGCGAUUCUGCAUCCAAAGCCGUUGCAUUUCAGAUCAGAAGCGAUGGCAUAUACCAGCUGGUUUAUCGAAAUCGCAACAUCCGCUGCUUGCAGAAACAGAACUUGCGCGGCUUCCGGAAUAUAGAAUUGCAGGGCUCGGAUUGCGCGACGUUGACUUAUACGUUAACGAAUAUUUCUUUAGCUGCACUGGUUUGGUUACGCCCAUCUAAUUUGGUGCUCUAUUUGAGGCCCUCGUUAUCAUCUCUGAAAUCCUCCUAG